AUGAAGGAGCAGGGCAGUAUCCAUGGAGUUAGACACGAGUCGAAACCUUUGAAUACCUUGAAGAGCCAACAUGCGGAGUCAGCGGAAGUUGUCGAUCGCGGAAAGGGACGUACAUUGACCAAUGGGGUGCGUUCUCGAAUUAUUACUCGUCCUCAAAACCACGCUGCUUGUGGUGAUGACUAA